GCCCUCCUCUGUUCUUCUUAAAUGAUUUUAUUUUUAGAAAUCAUCAUUCUUUCAUUGAGAGACUUUGCUUCUUUAAAAGAAAAAAAAAAAAGAAAAAAGAAAGUAGUGUCUUCUGUCAGCGAGAGCCCCAGGGCGGCCCGCGGGGUGGGAGGGUCCGCGUCCCCCCCUCCCCCCUUUCCCCGGAGCCUCCGUGUGCUGAAGGAAUGGUGGAAACUGAGCAGCCGCACUGACGAGUGUCGCGGCGCUGAAACCGCUGACAGGGACGGUACUCAGGACCGGCCGCCGUUCCACGUUUUACUAGCGUUCAUUCCAUGUUGAGGGCUUUUUAUGCACAAGCUCGCAUUGAACACGGUCAAGAAGUCUCUCAGGCCCCACCUCUGCUCUCGCCUAGAGACGGGGUUGAAAUCCCUGCCUCUCCCCACACGCAGUGUAACCAGAUUGAAGAUAAAAGAAUGGCAAACUCCUUUGCAUCAAAGACCUUCACUGCACUUUCAGAUCUGCAUCCAAAUAUGGCUAAUCUGAAAAUAAUUGGUAUAGUUAUUGGGAAAACAGAUGUCAAAGGCUUUCCAGACAGAAAAAAUAUUGGAUCAGAGAGGUACACUUUCAGUUUUACGAUUCGGGACUCACCAACCCAUUUUGUAAAUGCAACAUCCUGGGGCAGCGAAGGUUACAUCAGGUCACUUUCUGACAGCUUUAGAGUUGGAGAGUGUGUGACAAUUGAAAAUCCUCUGAUCCAAAGAAAGGAAUUAGAAAGAGAGGAAAAAUUCAGCCCUGCAACUCCUGGUAACUGUAAACUAUUGCUCAGUGAGAAUCACUCCAUGGUAAAAGUUUGUUCCAGUUACGAAGUGGACACCAAGCUCCUUGCUUUGAUAUACUUACCUGUUAAAGAAUCCCGUGAUUUUUAUUCAUUGGGUGACAUUAUUGCAAAUGGAUACAGUCUGGAUGGGAGGAUUAUUAAUGUGCUUGCAGCUGUGAGAUCGGUUGGAGAACCAAAAUACUUUACAACUGCAGACCGGAGGAAAGGUCAGAUGUGUGAGGUGAAGCUCUAUGAUGAGACGGAGUCUUCUUUUGCAAUGAUAUGUUGGGAUAAUGAAUCUAUCCUGGUUGCACAGAGCUGGGUGCCACGAGACACAGUAAUAUUUGCCUCAGAUGUAAGAAUAAGUUUUGACAAAUUUCGGAACUGCAUGACAGCAACUGUAAUCUCAAAAACCAUUAUUACGACUAAUCCAGAUACCCCAGAAGCUAAUAUUCUAUUGAAUUUUAUAAGAGAAAAUAAAGAAACAAGUCCCCUGGAUGAUGAAAUCGACAGUUAUUUGAAAGAAUCCAUAGAUUUAAAUACAAUAGUUGAUGUCUAUACAGUUAAGCAAUUAAAGGCAAAAGCUUCAAAGAAUGAAGGAAAAACUGACACUUUCUACGGCAUUCUUUAUGCUUACAUUUCUAUGCUGAACAUUGAUGAUGACACCACAACAGUAGUUCGACAUCGAUGCUCAGGCUGUGGUUACAUUGUAAAUGAAAGAUCCAGCACUUGUACUGCUUGCAACAAAGAUUCUUUGGAAUUUAAAUCUGUUUUUCUCAGCUUCCACUUGUUAAUUGACCUCACUGACCACACCGGUACCCUCCAUGCCUGCAGUCUCACAGGAGGGGUUGCUGAAGAAACUUUAGGCUGCACGGUAAAUGAGUUUCUUGCAAUGACGGAUGAACAGAAAACAGCAUUGAAGUGGCAAUUUCUUCUGGAAAGAAGCAAAAUUUAUUUAAAACAGACUGUUGAAAAUAGCUCAGCCAGGCCAGGAAAGGUGCUGAGCCCUACAGAAUGAAGCCACCAGACUGUGGGAGAGCGUGCCACUGAAAGACACCCACCUACCCUCAUUGCCCACCUCACCCUUCCCAGUGUUUCCUGAUACUAGGCUGUUUUCCUGCUAGUCUUUGGAAUUAGCAUGGCCAGCAGACCUACCCUUCCAGUCUAUGUUAAAUAAAAUGUUGGUAAGAGUGCUUUGUUAAAUAUAAAAAAUAAGACAUUGUUAUUAAUAAACUGCAUCAUCACAUCCCCAUAGCCUAACAGACAGGUUACUACCACAGGUUAGCUGUGUCACAGCUGCUAAGUGAACACACUUUAUUUUAUAUAUUUAUUUAAGUCAUCUCUACACCCAACAUGGGGCUCAAACUCACAACCAAGAGAUUGAGAGUGGUAUGCUUUUCCAAUGGAGCCAGCCAGGCGCCCCUUGAACACAUUUUAAACCCUUCUUUUGUAGGUGUUGGAUUUGAAAAUCCAACUUCCCUACCAAAGAGAAAUAUGAGAAAAAUAACAUAGAUUUUCACAAAAUCGCUGUCAGGAGCCAGAUCUGUGAUUUCUCUCCCAAACUCCUACCAAGGUGAACUCUCUUCAGUCUUACAGCUGUCACUGUGGUUUAUGCUUACACUGCAGAACAGCUCAUUGUACUUGUUUACUGCUUUCUCUGUUGUGGUCGAUGGUUUUCAACUUUAUAAACAUGGUGAUUUUUAAAGUUAACUCUCUCUCUCUCUCUCUCUCUCUCC